AUACAAGAGAUACAGAAAAGCAGCACCCAGACGUUGCAAAAGAUAAUGAAUUCCGGCAGGGUGGAUACACUAUGGGAGGAGGUGUUUAUCCUGUAGAAUUCCUGGUGUCUCAUUUGUAUAACUUGUUCCUCCAACUCCUGGAAUGGAAUGGAUUGGGGAGAGCACUGAGCACUGAGCACUGACACCCGAUGGAUCUGGGAAUCGGCCUGAAUCCCCCCGUCCUGUUCUGCUUUCUGCUGGUCUCUGUCUCACUGCCAGGAACUGACCCAGUAGAAGUGAAAGUGAGCGACUCGCCAGUGAAAGUACUGAGGGACCAGGAUGUGUUUAUCCCAUGUACAAUCACUGGAUACAGCAGCGCAGAACUGGACCUACAGCGCCUCUCUGUCCAUUGGACCCUGGGAUCCGGCCCAGUUUAUAUGUAUGACAGAGGCUCCCACAACCCCAUCAGGCCGGGAUCAGAACUGUCGGACAGGGAGCUUAAAAUAGGCAACGCUGGACUCUAUAUACCACAGGCCCAGAUCAGGGACGGGGGAGAAUAUUCCUGCACUGUUACCUCUGGUGCAGAUAAAGCAGAGGGAAGAUCCACUGUAGAAGUAUCAGUUAAACCCAGUGCCAGCCUGGUGCCCCUCAACGUCCUUAUAGAGGAAGGAACAGAGGGGGCUGUUAUGUGCCGAGCCAGUAAUUAUUACCCCAAAACUAUAAGAUUCCUAUGGAUAAAACACCUCAGUGACACUGCACAUGUUGUGCUGCACCAAGUCUCCACCAAUGAGCCGCUAGAGAAUGGGGACGGAACCUUCACUGUAACCAGUCAGCUGCUGUUAAAUCCGUUUAUAGAGGAUGAUGGGGGAAAGUAUUCCUGUGUCAUAUCCCACAGAUCCCUGGGAAAUGUGCUUGUUCUUCAUUUUAUCCUGUACGUAAAUGUUUCAAAGACAAGUCUAAUGGUUAUUGGGGCUCUGAUUGGACUAAACGCCGCGCUGAUCCUUUUGAUUUGCCCUUGUGACUGCAUGAGGCGUAAAUUGUAUUAUAAAAGAGACCAGAGGAAAAAAAUGUGUUGGGUCUGCACAGUGACAUAGCAGCUGGAGUUGAAAAAAGACACCCGCCCAUCAAGUUCAACAGUUUGCGCAAGUUCAUUCGUCUUAAUGUCCCGUUGGUGGAGAGAAAGGUGGAAACCCCCCAUCUCAGUCUCCUUCUAAUUUGCCUCAGAAAUGGAAAGAAAUGAAUCUGCGGUGCAGCUGCUUUAUGGGGGGGGGGGGGGGGGGAUCCAUACAAAGAGAACUGAUAAGCACUAAUCCUGAUAUUGUGUCUGGAGGCAGAUGCAACUUUUUGGUUCCUGAAUAAAAGUCAAGAUGAGCAACUGUG